CUUAGCGUCUUCAUUUGCUGCCCGUCGUUCGGUGCACGUGCGCAUUGAGCUCUGUCCGUGUGCGCGGAAUCGUCGCGAAACUGUUCUUACGCCGCACAGCCAACCAACUGCAUUUCGAUAGCUUCAGGAUACUCGCCCGACAAGGAUUACGGCUCGAUGGACGACGCCGGAGGCUGCUGUCCGCCGGGGCCGCUGUUAUGAGAGCGGGCCCGGCUUCGUCGUCUUCACCGGCCGCGCAUCCCUCCGACGAGCGCGCGCCGGCGUUCAGCGACGGUGCUCGUAGCAGCAGCGGUGUGCCGUGUUCGUUGUUCCUGACGGCGGUGUAAGUGCGCGCGAGGAUGCAUCAGCAGCUGGCGACCCAUGUCUGACGUGCCGCGCCUGGCGGCCGCGGGCCUGCCGCUGCAGUUCCCCAGCGCCUUCGCGGCCGUGCACGCCGCCAUCCCCGUAGACCAGCGCACGCACGAAGGGCGCUAUGUCUGGGAGCCGCGACUACACCCGUUCCCACAUGCCCCGGCAGCUGGACUGGCCGAGGCGGCCCUGCAGAGUGCUGGCCUGCAGGACAUGGCCUACCUGCAGCAGCAGCAGCAACAAGUGCAGCAGCAGGUCCAGCAGCAGCAGCAGCAGCGUCGACAGAGCGCCGACGCGGCGGCCGUGGCGGCGGCGCUGCAGUCUCCGUACCGUCUCAGUCCGUACAUGGACCAGGUGUACAGCCCCUUCCAGGCGAGCCCGCCGCUGGCGAUGCGGGUGCUCAGCCCACUCGACCAUCGGGGAAUUCACAUGGAUUACAUCCAACAGAUGGCAGCUUUGGGCCAAAGAGGUCUCAUGGACUUCCAUGCAGCAAGUGCAGCUGUCACGCCGGACAUUGCAUUUUCGGCCGAAGGAUCUCGGCUGGCUAGUCCCCGAGCUGGAGCACGAGGCCGCAAACGGGCGCUCUCUAGCUCACCUUACUCGGAAGGCUUCGACAUUGGCUCCAUGAUCCGGCUAUCUCCCAAUUCCUUGGUUUCCUUCAUGAACGGAUCCCGGAGUUCCAGUGCCAGUGGCUCAUACGGCCACCUUUCAGCAGGCACACUUAGUCCAGCAAUGAACAUGGGCACACCUACCGUGGCAAGCCACCUGCAGCAACUUCAUCAGCUAAACCAGUUGAUGAGGCCGUUGCUGUUGCCUGGUGCUGGUGCAUUUGCACCGCAGACAAUCUUGCCCGCACCGGUUGUCCUGGGUACUCCGCAAGGCAAGGUUGACACCAAGGAUGCUGCCAGUGGUCGGGAAACAGCCAGCAACAUAGUGAGCAGCACGGUGGACACUGAAGAGGCCCGGCGACGAGUCAAGAAAGAAAUUGAUGGUGCGUUGAUGGACGAUGACCGGGACGGCUCGGGGGACAUGAGGGACGAACCGGGCGACUUCAUCGAGACCAACUGCCACUGGAAGGAAUGCACGCGUGAGUUCCCCACACAAGACGAUUUGGUCAAGCACAUCAACAAUGACCACAUCCACGGCAACAAGAAGUCUUUUGUCUGCCACUGGAAGGAUUGCUCAAGAGAGGAAAAGCCAUUCAAAGCACAAUACAUGCUGGUUGUUCACAUGCGUCGCCACACAGGAGAAAAGCCUCACAAGUGCACUUUUGAAGGUUGCUCGAAAGCCUACUCCCGCCUGGAGAACCUGAAGACACACCUGAGGUCACAUACCGGUGAAAAGCCAUACAUGUGCGAGUUCCCCGGAUGCACCAAGGCCUUCAGCAAUGCCUCCGACAGGGCCAAGCACCAGAACCGUACCCAUUCCAAUGAGAAACCUUAUGUCUGCAAGGCUCCCGGUUGCACCAAGCGGUACACGGACCCGAGCUCACUGCGGAAGCACGUGAAGACAGUGCACGGUGCGGAGUUCUAUGCCAACAAGAAGCACAAGGGCUCUGACGGUGGCCCUGGAGAUGGCAGUGGGGCACUCAGAGACAGCUUGGAUCCAGCUGCCAGCAGCGAGGGCAGUCCUCGUUCCGAUGAUGGUGCAAGCAAGCUGGCCAGCGUGUCCAGUCCCAGCGUUAAGUCUGAGGACCAAGGCUCCCCGCAAAAUGACAGCAGUCCUUGCGAAGAAAGCACCACAGAUGGCCUCGGUUCAUUCGAUCAGGGUUCGCUGGAUGCACCGAUUAGUGACAACAGUGUUUCUACCACUUGCGGUCAGCUGGAGGCUCUGGACACUAACGACAAUGCCUGGGAUGUUGUGGACCCCGCUGAUCUUGAGGUUGACGAGUUCGCAGCAGCGAUCACGUGUGCUGUAACUUCCUCUGGCAACCACACCGAAGCCGAGAGGAAUGCCCACAACAGGCUCAGAGGAAAGCUGCACGCCCCAUUCAAGAACAUCGGAGGUGGAUCAUACGUACCUGGGCCACACAUCAGUGAAAUAGGUGGGCAUCUGCAUCGACAUGGUGGGAGUCGGCAGCCAUAUGGAGGUGACAACCAGAAAAGCAUGGCCAGCUUUUGCAACUCCGCAAACACAUUUCAAACUCCAGGUUGUGCUCCUCGUCAAACUACCCUGCUGAUAAGUCGCAGAGGUAGCAGCACAAGCACAGUGAGCUCCUUCUACAGCAGCAUGUGCUCCGAUGCAAGCCCCCAGGCCUCAACUGGAAGUGAAGCGUCGCGCAGUCUUGCAACCAAUUCAUCAUGUGACCCAAUAGCCAGUGGCUGUUCUUCAAGAAGGGCACAUGAUCCAAUCAGCAGCCUUUCUACUCACUUUAGAAGGGUCCACAUACCAACCUUGGCGAAUACUUCCAACCUAGUUGUUCAACCGCAGAAUGUGGCCAUGACCGCCAGCAUGAUGCUGCCACCCACAACACCGCAAAGCAUGGAGGUGCUGCAUGAGCAAGAGGACUCUUCCAGCAUGCAGUCGCAAUUGGGAUCACCUGGCUCACAGAACACGCAGAUUGGUGGUUGUGCUCAAGGAGUUGCUGGUAGUACAAGUUGUGCACCUGCUACAGUCUCUGAGUACAGUGGUGACCAACAGCACCCAAAUGAGGGAGCGAUGCUCAACUCUGAAACUGACAAGGCGGUAGAGGAACUGGAUGACCUGGUGCUGCCAGAUGAGCUAAUAAACUACCUUGCACAGAGGGAGCGGCCAGGCUCUGCCAUGAGUCAAGCUGUGUCUAGUGUGAGCCAGUAUGAUGAGAUCCGCAACAAGAACUGUGGAGCAACCACUGCAAGUGGCUCGCUAAGCAAUGGUCACACAUGUUACUCCAACUCCUCCUUUCCUAAGAAUAGCCAUCAGCCCCAUGUGGCCAACGUCCAGCCAAAAGCUGCGUGUUCCAUGGGCGCCCAGCCUAAGAGUUGUGGCAGUAGCACGUGUCCACAGUCAGCAGAGCCCUCUGUGGCCAUGGGGGCCAACCAACCAUUCUAUCAAGCUAGUCAGGAAGCUGUUUCAGGUUGCCAACCUGCCAGCAGCUGGCAUAUGCAGCAGCACCAGCAUGAAAACAUUGCCCAGCAACCUCAUCCUGUUCCAAUGGGUCACGCGUCACAGGCUCCAACGCCACACCAAGUUCCUCACCACACCACUCACCAUUCAGGCAUGCAACAGGCUCACCACAUGUCGCAUAGUAAUGUGACGCACCAAGGGCCACAUUCUUCAGGUCAUCAUAACCACCAGAAUUUGCAUCACAUGCACCAACAAGCUCCUAGCUAUGGCCCAGAGCAGCACCCUUACAGACAGGCUCAGCAUACAGGCCACAUGCGCCAGCCAGGAUAUUCAGCCUCAGUACCUUAUCAUCAACAGCAGCAGCAGCAGCAACAAUCAAGCUACCACCCUACUUACAACAUGCCGCCUCCUAGUUACUGUGAUAGAAAUCAAUAUGGGCACGGUGGCAGUAACCAGCAGAGAUUUGCUACCACUGGGCAAAUGAACAACCAUAGUUGUUCCGGCAGUUAUAAUCAUGCUCGAGACCAGCCAGUAAACUGCUGUCAUCAGACAACUCACCCACUGCCCCAGGACUGUCACACGCACCAAGCAAUUGGCCACGUGCCAGUUCCAGUGUAUGCCCAAAUGCAGCCACCCCCACCACCACCGCCUUACCAACCGAACCACUGCCAGCAGCAACAUACCAGCAUGCCACAACAAGGUCCUCGCUCUCCCAAUCAUCAUCACAGCAGCACCUGGUACUGUCAGUGUGGUGCAACAAGCUGCAAAAAUGUACCGAUUCUUCAGCAACCCCCAAUGCACGGCACCUACCAAAUGAACCACGCACAACCAUAUCAGGAAAGUGGAAAUGCCUACAGGCCAAUGCCUAAUAGUGCUGUCCACAUGCCUCAGCCAAACCUUAUCGUGCAGCCGCAGCAGGUCUGUCACCCAUCCGCAUCACCCAUGAGUGCUCCACUUCCACCAUCACCAGCGCCCCAGACACCCUCAGUGCAGUCCGCUGUGGCCACAUAUGGAACAUCUCACUCCAGUAGCUGCCAGGGAGCUUGCAUGCACAGAUCUCAAAGCAACCAGUGCAGCAGUUACCCACCCUCUGCUAGGAACAGUUGUUUGGAGAAACAUGCUCAACACAGCCAGGCUAGCCAGAGCCUCAGCAACCACAAAUGCUCAAGGUGCAGCAACUGCUCAAGAUCGCAGCCCGAGAUUCAGUGUCGUAGUGUUAGCCAGUCCUCGCGUGCGUCCAUGCCUCCAGACACCUAUCGGCGAACCUUGGAAUACGUGCAGCAGUGUCAGCAGCUCGCGGCCACGAACGCCAUCGAAGGUCCUGGAGUUCAGGACUUCCCACAGGUGCCUGUUCAGCCUGCAGCAGCAGUUUCACAGCCUCAAACUGUGCAGCCAGCCAUUCCCGCUGGCCAACCAGUGGGCGGAGCGCAAGCAAGUGCAGUGCUGCAGCCGCUAGACACAGCAGCUCCGGCGGGUAUGGUUCUGUCUCCUGGCUGUAACAAGGUGACCAGCACUACGGACAAGUCAGAAGUGCAGCAGUGCCAGUUGGUGGAAGGACUGCAGCCCCACCAGCAGCAGAGCUCCACGACGAAAAACUGUAGCACAGUGCCAUCGCCUAAGGUCUCACCAAACAAAGGAGCUGUCCAAAAGAACCCUGUGAACUCUGUUAGGGCUUUGAGUGCCAGAGAGAACAGACCGCAUCCACAUUCCCCUCUCCUGUGCACCAGCAACAUGGUUAUCAAUGACAUGAGUGCAACAUUGUCAUCCCUGAUGCAAGAGACUAAGUGCCUGCAGCUGCUGCAGUGAAGCGCUUUCUGACUGUCGCGCGGGCAAGUAAGGACAGGUUUUCUAAGAGUGGUUCCAGAUGUGAAUGCAAGGUGCAGCUUUGGUGUUAAAAACUGAAUCUUGUGGUUUCUCAUGAACUCAGGAAUAACUUUUGCACUUGUAAAUAGCUGUACAAAGGUUUGUGCAUCUAGUACGUUUGUUGUACCAUUCAAUCAUGUUUCAUUGCCGUCUUAUCUUAUUGCCACCAUGUUGCGACCUUGUCACCAAUGUUGCCUUAUUAUAGUGCAAUUUUUAUGUCACAAAUUUUCAACAGCAGCUCAUAAAUUAUUUGUUUUCUGUCCUGAUGAUGAAGUAGCCUUAUUAAAGCUGCAUUGUUUGUCCCACUCA